AAGAAAGAAAACUUUAAAAGCCAGUAGUCGAAGGGAUGGAAGAAAAAGAUGAGGCUAUCUUCCAGAAAUCAGAAUGAAAUGGAUCACAAGAGAAGGAAAAUAAGAGAGAAAGGGUAUGAAAAUGAAUGCAUUAGGUUUCAUAUCCAACUAAUUAAGGAGUUCCAGAAAAACAUUGAGGGGGAGGGGAGAAAGAAAACGGGGGAGUAAUUAUCAAAGAAAUAAUGCACUUCCCAGAACUGAAGCCUUGGGGCCACCUUGAAAAGGUCUCCCAGCGGACCCAUCAAACAAGACAGGCCCCGCCCACAUCAGGUGGUGCUUCCUGUCCUGAGGUGGGACCCCAGGAGAAAGACAGUCGCCUGAGAGCUGGGGUGGGGACACUCACACAGAAUUUAGGACCAGAAGGCCUGGGAUCAUGGGCAGGACACUCCCUCCGUCCCUCCCAGCUCUGCAUCCUCAGAGUCUAUGUUUGGAAGACCCCAAAGUCAUCUUUCCUCCUUCCCUAAUGCCCUCCAGCUGCCUUCAUCCUCCUCCUCAUUCCUUAGCUGGGCCCAGCCUGCCCUGCCCAGCCCUGCCUUCGGGGUGAGGUCUGUUCCUGAGCCCUGAGCCAACCAGGGUUAGGAGGCUCCUUAUCCCUACCCAUGGAGGCCCCACCAGUGUCUGUCUCCCACCCCGUGGUCACCGAGAGCCCCAUGUGACAGAGGCAGAUGUUUCCUGCCCCAGGGGAGUGCUGUGUCAGUGCCCAGCAAGGCCCCAGCCAACAUCUCCCAGCCCAGCGAUGGGUCCCAACCUGCUCCUGCUGCUGCUCCUGGGACUAGCAGGCCAGGGCUCCGCUGGCAGCCUCCCUGAGGAGCUGCAGGCGCGGGUGGGCAGCUCCAUCCAGGUGCACUGUCACUACCGACCCCAGGAUGGCAGGGCUCGGAAAGUGUGGUGCCGGUUCUUGCCGGAGGGGUGCCAGCCCUUGGUGUCCUCAGCCGUGGACCGCAGAGCCCCAGGGCACAGCCGCACCUUCCUCACGGACAUGGGGAGUGGCCUGCUGCAGGUGGAGAUGACCUCCCUGAGGGAGGAGGAUGCCGGGGAGUACGGCUGCGUGGUGGAGACGGCCACUGGGUCCCAGACAGUGCACAGGGUGGCUCUGGAGGUCCUCCCGGCAGCUCCUGACCUGGCAGAGGAAGAGGAGGAAGAGGAGGAAGCAGAGUUAUACAAGGUUGGCAGUGAGACUGACGCCCCCUCCUCAGACCCCCUCGGCAGUGCCAGCCCUCUGGAGCCCAGCCCGCAUGAGAAGAGCAUCCCCUUCAUCUGGGGCUCUGUGCUCCUGCUGAGCUUGCUGGUGGUGGCGGUGGCGCUGCUCGCUGUGGUGGCCAGAAGGAAAGGGAACAGGCGUGGCGUCCCUGGCCAAUCCCACAGCAGCCGAGGUCCAGGCACGGCGCUCUCCUCGGUGGUCCACACCGAUGACUCUGGACUGGCUGCAGAUGUGCCCUCGGACGUACCAUACGUCAGGCUCGACUCGCCACCUUCCUUUGACAGCACCACCUAUAGCAACCUAUCUCUUGAGCCCCCGUCAAGGAAACCCCCAGCCCCAGCCCCAUCCUCAUCGCCCCCUCUGCCUCCUAAGGUCCUGAGCUGCUCCAAGCCUGUGACGUAUGCCACGGUCAUCUUCCCUGGAGGGGACAGGGGGGGAGGGCCCUCCCGGGAGCCAGCGCGGGAUCCUCCCCAGGGCCAGGCUCCGCCCAGCUGAGCUGCUCACCACACUGUGUGCUCACAGAGACCAUCAGGGUUCUUUCUGUGCGCCCACCAGCCAGCCCGUGCCCUGCAUCCUCAGUGUGUCAGAGCAAUUAGGGACUUUAGGGUCCAAUCUAAUGUUUAGACUUCUGACCUGCAAAGUGAUGACUGGUGUGACCGGGUGUCUUGGGGGAGCCUCCCACGCUGGCACCUCUGCCAUUACACCACUGGGCUAAAUAAACUAAACGAUGAUCUA